GGGGGGUCGUACAGAGUCAAGAAAAAUGCAGAGAACGACAGCUCUACAUCCAUUCAGGCAGAAACUUGGUCAGGCACCACAACCGAAUAUAGGAAUAAAAAAAAAAACACGAGAGAGAAAACAAUUACAGUUUAAAUAAAGACAGGGUAGGCUGUAACGCAGUGAGUUGGAAAUCCUUGUCGGCGCAACAGAGACUUCAAUUUUUCGUCCAAGUGAACAGCGUGUGACGGAGUGAACUGAAAGUACUGACCCGUUUUGCAUCCAGAGUGAGCGGACUGCCAAGCAGCAUGGCUAACAAAGUGAACGAGGAGUCAAAUAACGCUCCAAGGAAAGAUGAGCUGGACUGGGGCUACGAAGAAGGUGUAGAGUGGGGGCUCCAUUACCCAGCAGCGAAUGGGGAGUGUCAGUCUCCCAUCAACUUGAACUCCAGGGAGGCCCAAUAUGACCCCUCCCUCCUGGAUGUCCGCCUGUCAUCAAACUAUGUGGUGUGUCGUGAUUGCGAGGUCGUGAAUGAUGGACACACUGUACGCAUCCUUCUCAAGUCAAAGUCAGUGGUCAGCGGCGGUCCAUUACCGAGCGAUCAUGAGUAUGAACUUCAUGAGGUUCGAUUUCACUGGGGCAAAGAGAAUCAGAGAGGAUCAGAGCACACGGUCAACUUUAAGGCUUUCCCCAUGGAGCUCCAUUUGAUUCACUGGAACAGUACACUGUUCAAUUCUCUGGAGGAUGCUUUGGGGAAGAGGAACGGAGUUCUCAUCGUUGCUCUUUUCGUGCAGGUUGGUAAAGAGCAUCUGGGUCUGAAAGCCGUCACAGAGGUUCUGCAGGACCUGCAGUACAAGGGGAAGAGCAAGAUAAUUCCCUGCUUUAACCCGAACACUUUGUUGCCUGAUCCAUUACUGAGAGACUACUGGGUGUAUCAAGGAUCUCUGACAACGCCACCUUGUAGUGAAAAUGUCAUCUGGAUCCUCUACCGCUACCCUCUCACGAUAUCGCAAUCACAGAUUGAAGAGUUCCGUAGGCUACGCUCACACGUCAAAGGCGCUGAGCUGCCAGAGGGCAACGAUGGGAUUUUGGGGGACAAUUUCCGUCCAACUCAACCACUGAGUGAUCGGACAGUUCGGGCGGCUUUCCAAUGAUUCUCGUGUUCCACUGCCAACUCCCAAAAAUAGAACGGAGAAGAGGCAAACUCGGAAGGUAACUCGUAUUUUAGCUUGUCAAAGGUUCCUUUGCGACAUCACAUCCACAGCACGGAAUCAAUGAUGGGGUCUGGUCCCUGAGCAAUCCGGCCCCUUAGAACCACAUUAGAAUGGGUGGAGUCCCAAAAGAUCUAGCCCGCUUCACUUCCUAAUCUGGCACUCGCCCUACAUACGGUCCUUGGAGGAUGGAGAGAUGCGGACCGGGAAGUAGCUCAGAAGCACUGUGGCGGGAACGUAGAGCGGGCCAUUUACACAUCGUAGACAAGAACACUAAAGUUCCUUGCUUAGGGCUCAUGAACUUAAAAUCGACACGUGUGCGAUGUAUCGCAUUUGAAACUUUGAUGAUGGUUUCAAGCAUGAUUUUUUUUUUCCCCUUUGAGUGAGUUUUAAAAUCUUUUUCUGUCUUUCCCUUUAAAAUGUCUUCCAUGUUUUGAAAGUUUGACGUUGUACGUGCUUUGAUUACGUUUGGUCUUCUACUUUUGCUUCUGAAUGUCAUGAACCGUUUGUCAACGCUUUGCGAGUUUGCUCGUGUGAAACAUCGCGUCGCCUUGUGUAUGAAAUGUGCUAUGGAAACGAAGCUUCAAAAAAGCGUUUCGUGUGAGAAGAGGGCAAGGGGAAGUCUAAGGGGUGGGGGUUUGUAAGCCGCUGCAAGGUAAAGGAGAAACGCCAAAAUAGACGGAAACAGUGUGAGGGAAGGGGAAAAAGUGCACGAAAACAGAGGACUGUUGUUGAUAGUGUCGCGGAUCCCUCAUCUGGUUGCACCAGGACAAAUGCACCUGUGAAGUCAAGAGUUUGUUUCAGUGGGAGGUCUUUUUUGGGGGGGG